AUGAAAGGGGCCAUAAGUGAAGCAAACAAUGGGUUUAUUACCUCACGAUUGGUGACCAGUAGUGCCGGUCGUGAGCGCCGACACCAUAACUCGUGGCCAGACGUGCGGACAGGGGUUGGUCGCAGUGUCGCGGGUUUGGUGUACUGGUUGGCGCUUUCAGGCAAUGACGUCACGGCAUCGGUGCAGUCAUACAAUCCAAUCAAUCCGAUCACCAAUUCAUUCAAAUCGCAAGACAAGCAUCUAAUCCACACUAAUAAUGGUAUGUAUUUGCUGUGCAUUUGUGGUGAUCCAGUGGCCGACCAAUUAACUGAAGAACAAAUCGCAGAUCAAUAA